AUGGCCGCCGCCGCGCAGUACCUGCCGCGCUCCGCCGCGCUGCUGCACCCCGACGGCGACCGCCUGCAUCAAGGCACCACGUACCGCGAGGUGCAGAAGAUGAUGCACCACGAGUACCUGCAGGGCCUGGCCCCCGCCGCCGCCGGGCACGCCGUCGGGUUGGCGCACCACCAGUGGCUGCCCAGCGCCGGUACGGACUGGGGCAGCGGCGGAGGAGGAGGAGGCGGCGCGCACCUCCCGCCGGCGGCCGAGCACGGCAAGGGCGGCCCGGGAGGGCCCCGCGAGGAGCUGCCCCCCGCCGCCGCCUUCCACCCGCGGCCGCACCUGGUGCCCCAGGCCGGCGGCUGGGCGCAGGGCGCGGGGCCGCCCCCCCACCUGCCCCCCAUGUCGCCGCCGUCGGGGCAGCCGCUGCUUUACGGGCAGCCCUACGGCGGCCUCAAUGGGAUGCUGGGCCCCCCCGGCCCCGCGCUGCACCACGGGCACGGGCUGCGCGACCCGCUGGGCGCCGAGGAGGCGGCGGGCCACGAGCUGGCGGCCUCCCCGCCGCCGCCGCUGGGGCCGCCCGAGCCUUCGGACGAGGACGCGCCGAGCUCCGACGACCUGGAGCAGUUCGCCAAGCAGUUCAAGCAGCGGCGGAUCAAGCUGGGCUUCACGCAGGCCGACGUGGGGCUGGCGCUCGGUACCCUCUACGGGAACGUCUUCUCGCAGACCACCAUCUGCCGCUUCGAGGCGCUGCAGCUGAGCUUCAAGAACAUGUGCAAGCUGAAGCCUCUGCUCAACAAGUGGCUGGAGGAGACGGACUCCAGCACGGGCAGCCCCACCAACCUGGACAAGAUCGCGGCGCAGGGCAGGAAGCGCAAGAAGCGCACCUCCAUCGAGGUGGGCGUCAAGGGCGCCCUGGAGAACCACUUCCUCAAGUGCCCCAAGCCCUCGGCGCACGAGAUCACCUCCCUGGCGGACUCCCUGCAGCUGGAGAAGGAGGUGGUGCGGGUCUGGUUCUGCAACCGGCGGCAGAAGGAGAAGCGCAUGACGCCGGCCGGGCUCCCGCACCCGCCCAUGGAGGACGUUUACGCACAGGCGGACACUUCGCCGCUGCACCACGCGCUGCCCGGCGCCGUGCCGUGA